AUGAACUUCAACAGCUCUUUGCCUCACCCGGCGGGGGUCAUCUCGUUCCUCGACACCGAUUUGUAUAAGUUGACGAUGCAAUGCGCCGUCCUUAAGUACUUCAGGGACGUUCCUGUCACCUACUCGUUCACAAACCGCACGCCCGAGAAGAAAUUGUCGCGCGAAGCUUUCGUCUGGCUCGAGGAACAGGUUAUGAAGCUCGGAAAUAUUAGCCUUUCCCCCGAAGAGCUCCAGUACCUCAAGACUCACUGCCCAUAUCUAACCGAAGAGUACCUCGAAUACCUCUCCGAGUUCCGCCUUCGGCCGCGAGAGCAGGUUACCGUUCAGUUCCGCCCUGUCGAUGACUUAGAUCUCGGAGAUAUUCACUAUGAUAUCAAGGGCACAUGGGCCGAGACUAUUCUUUACGAAAUUCCGCUCCUAGCGCUCACUUCCGAAGCCUACUUCAAGUUCAUGGACAAGGACUGGGAGUAUGAGGGCCAGGAAGAGAAGGCGUUCGAAAAGGGCAUGCGCCUUCUCGAGGCCGGUUGCGUAUUUUCGGAAUUCGGAACGCGCCGGCGCCGCGACUACCACACGCAGGCUUUGGUGUUUAGGGGUCUCACCAAGGCGGCCAGGGAAGCCGAGAAGAAGGGCCUGGCCGGCAAGCUCUCCGGUACUAGCAAUGUUCACCUCGCUAUGCGCUUCAAUAUCCCACCCGUUGGCACCGUUGCGCAUGAGUGGUUUAUGGGCAACGCCGCCAUCGUUGGCGACUACAAGUCCGCUACAGAGGAAGCUCUUUCCCGCUGGGUUGGAUGCUACGGCCCUGGUGUCCUCGGUAUCGCGCUCACAGAUACCUUUGGAACUCCUGAAUUCCUUAGGGCCUUCAGCAAGCCCAUGUCGUCCUCUGGCGAGCCAGUUCCCCAGCCAAGGCAUCGCAAGAUGAGCAUGGCCGAUACUUUUAUCUCCGCAGCGAAGGAGAUUAUCAAGGACCUCCACACCGACAAGACCUAUGCCGAAGUCUUUACUGGUGUCCGCCAGGAUUCGGGUGAUCCAAAGGAGUUCGUCAAAGUCAUGCGCAAGUUCUAUGAUGAAGAAGGCAUCAAGGACAAGAAGGUCAUUGUCUUUUCCGACUCGCUCGACAUCGAUAGGUGCCUAGAGUACAAGCAGGUCGCCGAAGAGGCCGGCUUCCAGCCUACCUUUGGUGUUGGUACAUUUUUUACCAAUGACUUUGUCCACAAGUCUACCGGCAAGAAGUCCACGCCCCUGAAUAUUGUCAUCAAGCUAAGCUCGGCUGCGGGAAAUCCAGCAGUUAAGAUCAGUGACAACGCGGGCAAGAACACCGGAGACAAGGCGACAGUCGAGAAGGUUAAGCGAGAACUUGGAUACGUCGAAAAGGACUGGAGCGAGGGCGAUGAGUCGGCGAGAUGGGGUCGCGAGGGGGGAUGCUGCUAA